AUGGCCAGAAUUACAUAUGGUUCUCUAUACCCCUCUGACAAUAGAUACGGGAGUAAGACCGAAAAACAACUGGGUGCGGUCCAGAAACCAAUGAAAGAAGAUGGAGUCUCUUGUGUUAACACUAACAAUGCUGGAAAACUUAUUAGUGGUAAAAAAAAUAUCUAUAGGGGCCUGGCCCUGGCCCUGGCCCUGUGCGGCCCGGCCGAGGCGCCGAGCCCCGGAGACCCCGCGGAGGGGACGCGGCCGUAUGCGGUGCUGCGCGGGCAGAACCUGGUGCUCAUGGGUGCCGUGCUCAGCGUCCUGCUGCUCACCAUGAUCCUCCUGGCGUUCUGUGUCUACAAGCCCUUUCGGCGCCGCUGACAGCAAACAAGAUCCUGCCAUGGGCUGGUGGACAAGGCCAGAGCAAGUGGCCACCACUCACAGAAAAAGUGGUUGCCAGUCGGCACCGUCCUGCCGGGAGAAGCGGCCUUUCUGGGGGCCUGGCAGCUGGCAAAUGCUAGAGGAUGUGGAACGAAUGUCGCUAAGUUGAUUUCCCCUCCCUGGCACUCCUGUGCACGGACGGUCCCAGCCACGGAGCCUCCCUCGGUGUACAUCUGGUGGCUCGUGUUAAAAAUGCCUGCAGCUCCAAGUGAGGCCCGUGAGAGAGGAAACACUAUGUGACGGCAGACCCUGCUGGAAGGACGCACGUUGAAACAGAACACAAUGUGGUGUCGUCUGGGUCACACCAGGUCAUUCCUGGGUUCUCUGCCCAGCCCUGCCCCUUCCACCAGCACUGCCCAGUCUGACCCCACAAAGAACUUCUGGGAGUCGUGUCUGGCCGACCAUUGUAUCCAUCAGGUUAAGAAUCAUAGCGUUUGGGGCCAGAAUUAUAGCACAGUAGGGCGCUUGCCUUGCAUGAGAUUAACUGGGUUCCAUCUCUGGCAUCCCAUAGGGUCCACUGAGCACUGCCAGGAGUAACUCCUGAGCACCUCCAGGUGUGGCCCAAAAACCAAACAAAAAAGAAUCCCUUUUUUCUUUUUCCUGGUCCUAACUUGAUUGGAAUAUUCUGGUUGUAAAGCAGGUCAGCUGUGGGGGCCGUCUUGGCUCUGUGCUCAGACCUUCUCCCCGCCAAGUCAAAUCGGGGUCACCACCUGGGAACCUAGAACUUGGGGACCACGUGAGUUGUGCCAAGGUGGGAGGGCAAGAACAGGACCACUUGGCCCACUGGUAGCCGCUUCAUCUCCAG